AACUCCGAAAACAUGUCCGUCAUUGAAAUCUUGGGAGGUAUCAAAGCCGAACCAAAAGAGCUGUUAGAAGUUGAGAUAGAAGAAAUUACUGUAGAUGAUAUAGUGGACAGUGAAAAUUGGGACAACAAUAUAGAGAGAAAAUCCUUGAUCACGCCUUCGAUUCAUAUUAUUUCUAAAGAAGAAGUUCUGGAGGAAAAAAAUGAGGCCAAUCAAAAAGUUGUUAAAACAGCUCCAAAACGGAAACAAGUAGUUGCUAAGAAACGGUCAGUCAAGAGACCUGUACCUGAGCAGUUAAUCCUAAAUUAUAAUUCUCAUAAGUCCAAAAGGAUACAGGAACAUGAAAUGGAAAUAGAUGAAGAUGGCUUAUAUAGUUGUCUCUACUGCAGUUACCGACAUGAAAAUAAGGCAUAUACUGUGAAGCAUAUAGUCAGCAGGCAUCGGCCCAAGCAAAAAUGUCCCCACUGUCCGUUCGAGACCAUAACAAAGCAACGCAUGCAGGUGCACAUGCGGAAACACGACUACCCCAAUAGAUGCAAGCAGUGCGACUUCAGGACCGAAUCGCGGCCAGAGAUGGUCCGACACAUUUUGGAGUCUCACCAGAAAUUCGUUUGCGAAAAAUGUCCUGACGGAUGCGGGAAAUGUAAACUACGGAAUCAGACUCGGUGCGAGUUUAUAGAUGCCCAACGCCUCAAAUCUCACAUAUUGCACGUUCAUACCCCUGCGGAGCAGAUCAAUUGGUUCCAUUGCGCUCAGUGCGACUCGAAGUUCAAAAUAAAGGCAACGCUCACGAAGCACAUCAAGGAAGCGCACAGUUUUUCGGAGUACGAGUCGUGCGACGUGUGCAAUAAAAAAUAUUCGUCUCGACAUAGAAUGUUAGAUCAUAAACUUCAUGUCCACAAGAGGAAGGCAUUCAAGUGCAACCAAUGCGAUUUCUCUGUAUUUUCCAAGCCUUGCUUUAUCAAUCAUAUGAUGCGACACGGAAACUUGGACGAAGUGGAAGACUUGAAAUGCAAUGUUUGUAACUACACCACCAAGUUCGAGUCUGCCUUAAAAGGUCACAUGAAGAGAGUGCAUUUGAGCCAGAGAGUUCAGUGUGAAUAUUGCGCGUUCCAGACGAACAACAAAAACAUAUUAAAGCUGCACUUGAUAAGCAAGCACGACCAGAAAGACGGGCCGUGCUAUAAGUGCAAACAUUGCGAUUAUCAGACGCACCGAUUGCAUACUUUAAGAAUGCACGAGCUGAAACACAAGAAGCCCGACGAGUUGGAAUACUUUUACUGUUAUCACUGCCCGUUUAAGGCGACCCGCAAGGAUAACUUGAAAGUGCAUAUUUUCAAGCACGACGCUUUCAGGCAACGGUACAUAUGUUAUAUUUGCAAUUACGCCGCCAACUCGAAAUUUCUUCUCAUCAAGCAUAUCGACAAACACUCGCGCGACACCAACGAAUCCGAAUCGGUGAAAAUUAAAACGUCAAAAAAAUAAUGGGAGUUAUUAGGAUACAUUCGUAUGUUGAGAAAACCGACUAAAAUAUUUUUCACCAAUCCUUUUUGUUUUUCAACUUCAACAAAUGUAACCAAAGCCUUAACCAAUUGGCAGAGGGCGCACUAUGUUUUGAUAGCAUGUGAAGCUGGAAGUGGGCGGCUCAGACCGAGGUCCACAAAUCUACUACUAGAGCAGGAAUAUUUAAAGUUCUGGUGUGGUAUAUGGUGGAUUAAAAAUAAAAAUAAAAUAUCUGACGCUUAAAAAUUGAGGCUACACAGAAUCUCAACCCUUAAAAUUAACAAAAAAAAAAUACUCACAAAAAAUUUUGUCACAAUUUGAUAUUAUCUGUAUGUAUAGGUUUUGUAUAUUAUAUUUUGUGUAAAGUGAAUAGUGCUAUUAAGGUAAUGUUGGCGGUCUUAACACUGUAACACUUUUUCUUCCUUUCCGGAAUUCAAAAAUCAGUUUAAAAUUUUUAAGAUUUGCCAAAACUAAACGUUUUAUAUUUAAUUUAAUUAAUAAUUUAAUAUUUAAUAAUUUUAUAAAUAAGAAUAAUAUAUAUAGUUAUUGCAAAUACCAACAGCCGGAACUGUUGUGCUCGCGUAGAGUCCAAACGCUGUCAGUUAAGAAACGUUUGAACUACCAUAUUAUUCGAACCAGGCAUACAGGUUGUAUAUAUGUUCAUUUGACAUGUUUAACUUGAAGUCACCCCAGCAACACAAAUCAAAUCACAUUUGAUAAAGACACGGUGUUGUCGAAACAAUUGUCGUGUGAAUAUCUAAACUUUUAGUGCUUAUUUAUUUUGAGAAAUGAAUAGCACGUAUUUUGAAAUAAGACGUUAACGCUUUAGAUGUCAUUGGGGACUGGUUACAUUUUUUAUCUGUGCCUUUCAUCUCGAAUGUGAGGAUGCGGUCGCGAGAUGGCGGCACCGACUCACGUUUUCGAAAUUCUCUUGACUUCCGUGAAAAGAAUAGCGAUAACUUCCACAAGUACUUAGGCUCCAUAUUGUAUAUUCAAAAUCAAAUCAAAAUUAUAUAUUUUGACAUGACAAUUGUUUUGACAACACCGUGUCUUUAUCAUAUGUAAUAUUUACAAACUACCUGUUACUAUACAUAAGAAAAAUGACCAUAAAACUUUAAUUAAUGUUGAACUGAGGAGGCUUGUACUUGAUGAAAAUCCAUUUAUCAAAAUAAUAAAUAAGAAGAAUAAGAACACAUUUGAUAAAGACACGAUGUUGUCGAAACAAUUGUCAUGUCAAAAUAUAUAAUUUCGUGAAAAUCUGAACUUUUAGUUUUUAUUUAUUUUGAUAAAUGGAUUUUCAACAAGUAAAAGCUACUUCAAUUCAACUUCGCAUAAGUAACUUAAUAGGUUGAUUUAUUUUUGUAAUGAUAAGGGUUUCAGGGUGUUUUUAACUUAUAAUUUUUAUACAAACGUCUAACACAUGUUGUCGUAGUUUAUUCCAUUCUGUAAAAAAUAUGUUUAUAUACUAUGUACUUUUGGAAUUUUACUUUCACGUUUAACACAAUAUUUUAUUUUUAUUAUAAUUGUAUAUAAUUUUAAUGUGAAUUUAAUUUUUAAAUUAAUGCUGUUGCGAAUAGGUGUACUAGUUGACCCCUGUUUUAAUUCGUUAUUUUUUCAUUUACAUUUAUUCAACAUUAGGCGUACAA